CAUUCCUGGGAAAUCUCAGGACUUUGCCGACCCACAGGAGACCGAAUCUGAGGUUCCGGGUCCAGCAGCUCUCGACAUCGCAGCUAAUGGGAGGUGAAAAAAAGUUUUCUGUGCUCGUUUGGGACGGUUCGUUCUCUAGUGCUGCCUGUGCCCACGGGCGGAUUGGAGAAAAGAGAGACAACUGGAAAAUCAUCAUUUGAGGGUCACAGGAGAAAAGAAAACAAAGAAGUUAAUUCUAGAAGGCUUCUGGUCCCUGCCUGUCCUGGGUGACUAUGUUCUUGGUACUCAUGGAGCCAGCUGCUUCCCUGCACUUCUCCUUACCAGCCUCCCUUCUCCUCCCGCUCCUCAGCCUCCUUGCACUGGUCUCAGCCCAGUUUACCGUCCAGGGGCCAGCUGAUCCAAUCCUGGCCAUGGUGGGAGAAAACACCACUUUACACUGCCACCUGUCACCCGAGAAAAAUGCUGAGGACAUGGAGGUGCGGUGGUUCCGGUCUCAGUUCUCGCCAGCAGUGCUGGUGUACAAGGGUGGGCGAGAGAGAACAGAGGAGCAGAUGGAGGAGUACCGAGGAAGAACCACCCUUGUGAGCAAAGACAUCAGCAGAGGCAGGGUGUCGCUGGUCAUACACAAUGUCACAGCCCAGGAGAAUGGCAUCUACCGCUGUUACUUCCAAGAAGGCAGGUACUAUGAUGAGGCCAUCAUGCACCUCAAGGUGGCAGGCCUAGGCUCUAAGCCCCUUGUUGAAAUGAAAGGGCACGAGGAUGGGGGCAUCCGGCUGGAGUGCACAUCUGGAGGGUGGUACCCAGAGCCUCUCGCGGUGUGGAGGGACCCCUAUGAUAAGGUUGUACCUGCCCUGGAGGAGGCUUACACUGCUGACAGAGACGGCCUCUUCAUGGUGACCACAGCUGUGAUCAUCAGAGAUAGCUCCCUGAGGAACAUGUUCUGCUCUGUCAACAGCACCUUGCUCGGCCAGGAGAAGGAAACUGUGAUUUUCAUUCCAGAGUCAUUUAUGCCCAGCGUAUCUCCCUGGGUUGUGAUCCUGGCUCUCAUUCUGGCUAUUAUCAUCCUCAUGGCUGUGAGCAUCUAUUACAUCAAGAAACUCCACAGGGAAAAAAGGAUUUUGUCAGGGGAAAAGAGAGGUGAACUGGAAGGAAAAGAAUUUGCUCAGAAGGAAUUGGAGAAAGAAUAUGUAGAAAAAGAGAAAGAACGUCAAAUAAAAGAGCAACUUCAAGAAGAAUUGCGAUGGAGAAGAACACUCUUACAUGCUGCUGAUGUGGUCCUGGACCCAGACACCGCUCACCCUGAGCUCUUCCUGUCUGAGGAUCGGAGAAGUGUGAGACGGGGCCCUUCCCGGCAGAGCGUGCCUGACAACCCUGAGAGAUUCGACUGUCAGCCUUGUGUCCUGGGCCGGGAAUAUUUCACCUCAGGAAAACAUUACUGGGAGGUGGAAGUUGAAAACGUGAUGGCAUGGACAAUGGGGGUUUGUAGAGACAGUGUUGAGAAGAAAGAGGAGGCCCUGCUGCUUCCUCAGAAUGGCUUCUGGACCCUGGAGAUGUUUGAAAACCAAUACUGGGCCCUGUCCUCCCCCGAGAGGAUUCUCCCUCUGAGAGAGCGCCUUGGCCGGGUGGGCGUCUUCCUGGACUAUGAAGCUGGAGAUGUCUCCUUCUACAACAUGAGGGACAGAUCGCACAUCUACACGUGUCCCCGUUCACCCUUUGCUGGCCCCCUAAGACCCUUCUUCAGGCUGGGGUCUGAUGACAGCCCCCUCUUCAUCUGCCCAGCACUCACAGGAGCCAAUGGCGUCACAGUGCCCGAGGAGGGCCUGAUUCUUCACAGGGCGCAGACCCUACACCGCCCUCAGGACUAAUUCCCUGGUCUCACAGCCAUGUAGAGAAGCCCUGGCCAUCUCAGUACCACUGCAUGGGGCCUCCUGGCUGAGUCCAGGCCCUCCUUCCCUCUGGUCACAUAAGAGAACAUCUUCUAGCUGCCUCUUUCAUAGCCAUUUCAGGCCUCAGCCCCAGUCUCCCCCUCACCAGGCAGUGGCUUUAGUAGCUCCUCUGCUUGUACCUAUGGGGAGGAUCUAGUCUUAGGCAGCUACUGCUAUUACACAGCUCCCAGCCAAGACGAAAGUGUGACAAGGUGAUGGACAGCAAACCUGCUGCUUUACCAUCAGGGUGACAAUGUUGAUCCUUAUACUUCACUUGGUACCAGACGUUGUGGACAUGGGGCGAGGGCAACAGCAUGCACCAGGAUGUAGGAGGAGGGAGGGAACCACACACUUGAGAGGAGAGGAAACCACAUGUAGAAAUCAGAGAUAGAGGAAGUAGGACCAGAGAGCUGGGAGGAGACCAAGGUUGUGAGCAUGAUUAAGCCCCACCAGGACAGCUAAGGGGUCCUAGGAGAUGGUGGCCCAUUUCCACCCAACCCCCAAGAUUUCUAGACCACGGACGCACAGGCUUAGACCUGGGAUGAAAAAGAAUGAAGAACAAGGACACAUGUUCAUCUGGUCUGGCUCAGGUGUCCCUGCAAUAAACAAGGAAAUCAUUACUCAGUCAUUGAGUAUGGCUUGAUGUUUAAGGUCCUGCCUGAGCAGGUGAGUACUGGACCAAGGCCACCAGAGGGUUCAGGUUCAAUGGGGACAGCAGCAUUUUCAAGCUCCCGGUGUCAAGAUGUCUUUAGACCCUUAAAAAUUAUUGAGGACCCCAAGAGCAUUUGUUUAUUUGGGUUAAUAUCUGUUAAUAUUUAUGGCACUUGUGAUUGAAACUUACAAUUUUUAAGUAGUUAUUAAUUUAUAUUAAAUAAUGUUAAUAAACUAAGUUAAUGCAAGCAGCAUAUUUUAUGAAAAAUGACUUGUUUUCAAAGCAAGAUAAAUUUAUUGAGAAGUAUGACAUUGUUUAAUGUUUUCUAAAUCUAUUGUCUGGCUUAAUAGAAGAUGUCUGUAUUCUCAUAUGUGAGUUUGUAUUCAGACUGUUGGGAUAUCACAGGUCAUACAGGCUCAAGAAAACUUUACUAUACCCUAGUGUGAGAAUGAGAUUAAAAACAACACAUAAUGUCUGAAUUUUAUUAUGGAAAUAUUAUAGUAUUAACUUUGAGCAUCCAUUAAAAGUAUAUUAGAGACACCCCACCAUCACCACCCAGGAAUCUCCAGACCAUAUUUGAGAACUGCAAUAAAGGAUCCUGGAAAUGAAUCAUUGUGAUGGUUAAUUGUAGGUACGAAGUUGAUUGGAUUGAUGAGUAUAUAGACAGCUGGCAAAGCAAUGUUUCUGGGUGUGUUUGUGAGGGUGUUUCCAGAGGAGAUUAUUAGCCUGUGAAUCAGUGGUCUAAGUGAGAAACAACUGCCCUCAAUGUGGGCAGGUACCUUCCAGUCAGAACAAAAUGACAGAAGAAAAGUGAAUUCUGUCUCUCUCUUUCUCCUGGAACUGGGACAGUCUUUUUCUGUCCUUGGACAUCAGAACUCCAGGCUCUCUGAUAUUUUGACUUCAGGACUUGCACCAUCAGCGCCCCAUAUUCUCAGGCCUUUGGCCUUGGACUGAGAGUUACACCAUAGCUUCUCUGGUUUUGAGGCUUUCAGACUUGGACUGAGUCACGCUAUCAGCAUCCCAGCGUCUCCUUGCAUACGGCCUGUCAGGGAACUUCUCAGCCUCCAUAAACAUGUGAGCCUAUUCUCCUAAUAAAUGCCUUUCGUAUAUCUA